UAAUGAAAAGCCAUGACACUAGGGAGGGUAAAGAGAAUUUGCCCCGCCCGCAUUGCACCGACGCUAGAGCAUCGAUUUGAAGAGAGUCCAUACGCUUUCUAAUAUUCAAUUCAAUAAAUUAUAAAAGUAAUCAUCAAAAUGAGUGGAAUAAUUCUUGAAAUGGAGCAGAUUAUUAGUCAGCUUGAAAGAGGAACCGUAGUCACUAGAUUCUAUCCAAGAAAGAGACCGGAGAAAAAAACUUUAAUGAUACGCCGAGAAACUAGGCAAAUUGUUUCAGCAAAAAGCAACACAUCCAGACCUUUCGAUGGAUUAGUAGAUAUACGAGAAGUUAAAGAAAUAAGAAUAGGUAAGAAUUCAAAAGAAUUUGAAAAAUGGCCCGAGGAUGCUAAGAAAAUAGACAAUCUACGAUGUUUUGUAGUAUAUUAUGGCUCGGAAUUUAGACUUAAAAGUCUUUCAAUUUCAGCUCUAAGCGAAAAAGAAUGUGAAUUAUGGGUUAAAGGUCUUCGGCAUUUAGUUCAAGACACAAUAUAUGCUCCAUAUCCUUUACAAGUCGAGCGAUGGUUGAGAAAGGAAUUUUAUGCAAUGGAAAAUUCUCGAGAAAUGAUUACUUUGAAAGAUGUUAAGGCAUUUUUACCAAGAAUAAAUUGUAAAAUAGUAACAAACAAGCUUAGAGAAGUAUUCCAAGAGGUAGAUACAAAAAAUAGAACUGAAAUAGGAUUUGAUGACUUUGUAAUACUUUAUCAUAAGCUAAUGUUUGAUUCAAAUAACUUAGCGGAUUGGACAAAAUUAUUAAGGUAUUCAAAGUGUGGAAUGACAGUUACAUUACAGGAAUUUCAAAAUUUUUUAUUAACAGAGCAACAAGACUUUUCUGGACAUAAUGGAUUAGAAGUUUCUCAGUUUAUUCGUGAAUAUCUUCAAGAUCCUCAAAGAGACGUUCAAAAUCCAUAUUUUCACUUUUCAGAAUUUAUUGAUUUCUUAUUUUCAAAGCAAAAUGAAAUAUGGGAUAAUAAAUAUGAUCAAGUCUUCCAUGACAUGACAAGACCAAUGUCCCAUUACUGGAUCGCUUCAUCGCAUAAUACUUAUCUAAUGGGCGACCAAAUAAGUAGCGAAAGUAGUUGCCAAGCGUACGUUCGGGCUUUAAGAAAUGGAUGUAGAUGUAUAGAAUUAGAUUGUUGGGAUGGACCAGACGGAAUGCCUUUCAUAUUUCAUGGACAUACUUUAACGACGAAAAUAAAAUUUUUAGAUGUAAUUAAAACAAUUAAGGAACACGCUUUUGUCACUUCAAUAUAUCCUGUGAUCCUCUCUAUAGAAGACAACUGCACGCUGCCCCAGCAGCGAAAAAUGGCUGUAGCUAUGCAAGAAGUCUUUGGUGAUAUGCUAUUGAUCCAGCCAAUCGAUAAAAACGAGACUACCCUGCCUUCUCCUUAUUCCUUGCGUAGGAAAAUUUUAUUGAAGCAUAAGAAACUGCCGGAUGGCGUGGAUGAGAGCUCGUUCGUUGUGCGUAACGACGAAAGCAGGCAAGAGAUGGAUCUAAGAAAUACAAUAAAAAACGGGAUACUGUAUCUCGAGGACCCUAUCGACAGGGAAUGGAAUCCACACUUCUUCGUUCUUACGCAGCAAAAGCUUAUUUAUACAGAUACAUUUUCGAGGACGCAAGAGACAGAACUCGAAGAUGACGAUGAAACUACAAUAAGACCGCCAGGAGAUGGAGUUCCAAACGAUGAAUUACAUUUUGGAGAAAUGUGGUUUCAUGGUAAAUUAGCCAAUGGCAGAGAAGAAGCGGAGGAGCUUUUACGAAGAUAUUCUCAUUUAGGUGAUGGAACAUUUCUCGUUAGACAGUGCGUAACAUUUGUUGGAGAUUAUUGCUUAUCGUUUUGGAGAAAAGGAAAAGUCAAUCAUUGUCGAAUAAAAUUGAAGCAAGAAAUGAAUCAAACGCAAUUUUAUUUAAUAGACACACAUUACUUCGAUAGUUUAUACAGUCUUAUUACAUACUACCGUAAUAAUCCUUUAAAGAGUCAGGAAUUUUUAAUUACAUUGAAAGAACCAGUGCCGCAACCAAGCAAACACGAGGAAAAAGAAUGGUGGCAUCCAGACUAUUCCAGGACACUCGCUGAGGAAAUGUUGAAAAGAAUACCUACGGAUGGAGCAUUCUUAGUAAGACCAAUUGAAAAGGAGAAUAAUUCUUAUGCCAUCUCAUUUAGGGCAGAGAAUAUAAUAAAACAUUGUCGAAUUAAGCUUGAAGGAAGAUUAUACACGAUAGGUACUUUUCAAUUUGAAAGCUUAGUCGAUUUAGUUAAUUAUUAUGAGCGCCAUCCUCUAUAUAAAAAAAUUAAAUUGAGUUAUCCAGUUAAUCAAGAGAUCGUUCGACAAAGAGGUCUGGAUGUUAGUGAUGGCCUAGUAUAUGGAAUUCCAGGUUAUAUGGAUCCAACAAGUUUUGUUUCAAAAGUAACCGUUAAAGCGGUAUAUGAUUAUAAAGCUGGAAGAUACGAUGAAUUAACUUUAGUCAAACAUGCUAUAAUUACGAAUGUAAAUAAACAAAAUGGUGGUUGGUGGAGAGGCGAUUAUGGUGGUAAGAAGCAGCACUGGUUCCCUGCCAAUUAUGUUGAUGAAAUUGAACAAGAUAGUCAGACGGAUUCAUCCGAUUCAAUGCUUCUUGGAAAUUUACAAAAAGGAUCACUAGACAUAAUAGGUGCGGUAGUUGAAUUAACAAUGUCAGAAAGACCUGGUCUUGAAUGGAUUCUGCGAAUACAAAAUCCAAGUACGUGCUCUGUUUUUGAAGCAGCGGCACCAUCCAAAGAUACGGCACUCGAAUGGAUACAAAUAAUUCAUGAAACUGGACAAAAUGCUAGCGCCCGGGAAAAUCAGCACAAGGAAAUGGAGAGAGCUUGGAGAAUAGCGAAGGAAAUGUCGAAUCUAAUAGUCUAUUUCAGAUCGGUUGCUUUUAACUUGGAGCGACUGCGACUUAAGGGUUUCGUUUAUAAUGAAAUGAGCAGUUUUCCCGAAAUUAAAGCGGAAAAACUUAUGUGCCAACAAGAAAAUAAGUUUUUUCUCCGAUAUCAUCAAGUGCAAUUUAGCCGAGUAUAUCCCAAAGGUCAGCGCAUCGACUCGUCAAAUUAUAAUCCAGUACCCAUGUGGAAUUCAGGAUGUCAGAUGGUGGCAUUGAAUUACCAAACGGGAGAUAAGCCAAUGCAAUUUAACCAAGCAAAGUUUCGCGAGAACGGCAAUUGCGGUUACCUCUUAAAGCCAGAUUUGAUAUUCCAUGAAGAUUUCAAUCCGUAUGAUAGGAAUUCGGUCACCGAGGUCGAAAGUCUUAAAAUUAGAAUACUGGUUAUAGGUGCUAGGCAUUUGAGUAAAGCGGGCAGAGGUACUGUCAGUCCAUUCGUGCAAAUAGAAGUCGCGGGUACUAAUUAUGACAGCGGAUUAAAAUUGACGACAAAACUGAUAGCCGAUAAUGGUUUUAAUCCAAUAUGGAACGAGUCUUGUGAAUUCCAAGUGACAAAUCCAAAUUUAGCUUUUCUUCGAUUUGUUGUACUAGACGAAGAUAUGUUUGGUGAUAGCAAUUUUAUUGGUCAAGCAACUUAUCCUAUUCAUUGUUUAAGAACUGGUUAUAGGAGCGUUCCUCUGAAAAACAGUUAUAGCGAAGAUCUUGAAUUAGCAUCUCUUUUAGUGCAUGUUAAAAUCGUUAGUUCAUGUGAAUCAGUGCGUAACAAUACUCAGAAACACGAUGGUCGAUCGAGCAUUCUAAACUCUCGAGUAAUAUAUAGAGAGGCGCAAAAUGCUGGUAAAUUCCAUCUUUAAUAAAUGAGCCUUGAUACAACUUGACUUUCUGAUAUCUUUAGUGGUAUAUUUGCGCCCAGUUACAAACCAGUAUAUCGGCAUUUAACAAUAAUCAUCAAUUUGUAAUAAAGUAACAUUGUUUGUAUUGCAAUGUACGUUUCUCUUUAUAGAAUUUCAUUUGCGUAGAGAUAAUAUUCUCUCAUAUUG